UUUAAUUCUUACAUAGUGUUUGAUCUAAGUUAUAAGAUGUCACUAGCUUAUGUUACAAUUUUACAUUUUCUUUAGGUAGUAAGACUGGCGAUUAAUAAUUACAAGUAUCACAGUUUAUAUAAAUAAGUCAUAUCUUGAACGAUCACAACUGUUGUCUUGAAUUGUUUUGGGGAAUCUUAUCCAUAUCCUAUUAUGUAAUAGUUCAAAUUACCUUAGGGUUGCUUUUUGUACUUCAUCGAUCACUCCACUUUUCCUAUUCAAUACCCCAUGAUAAUGUAUUUUGUCUUUACUUUGUCAUGGAUGCUAUUUCUCUUACAUGCUCACAGGCAAAACAAACAUGAGACAAAUAUCAUUUCCCUUGUAAAAUAAUAGCAAUAUUAUAGUUUAAUGUAUUUUGUAAAUUGCUUUUGACAACCCAAUUAAUGCUAAUAAAUUUUCGUCAAAUUGAUUGGCUUAGAUGGGAUUGGAUAUACAUAUUUUCUAUUUUUUGGGUAUUUCUUAUUCUUGCAAUUGUGCUUCAAUUUAUCUUCGCUACUGAUUUAAUUGUGAAACUAAUCCAUACUAUACAAGAAAAAAAUUUACUCAGCAAACAAGCUUUAAAUAAAGAAAGUAGAUCAAUUGAAUAUUCCAAUAGUUAUAAGUACUUUGUGGAUAAAUUUAUUAAUUCUCUCUAUUUCUGGAUUAUUAACAUUUACUAUUGUUAGUUGUUCUAUAAAGUUGAACACAGAACGAAAUCCCUUUAAUUCAAUACCAAUCACAAUAUGCAUUGUUUAUAGUCUAGUUAUUGCUGGAUAUACUUGUUAUUUUAGAAGUACCUUGAAGUAUAAAUCAUUUUGUAAUUUAGUUAAUUCUUAAUGACAUUUAAAAAUAAAAUACUGGAUGAAGAAUAAAAUGAAGACAAUCAAUUUAGUUCUCCUAGUUCAAAGAGGAUAAGCCUUUUUACAAGAGAUAAAAAUAAGAUUAACAUCAAAUUGCCAUAAUUCUUAGUAUUUAAUUUCGUGAUAUAAGAUAAAAUUAUCAUAAACAUACUUUCAACCUUAUUUGAUUGGAUAAAACUAUGAGUGUUAAAAAUAGUCAUUAUCAGAGGUUAAACAAGCAAAGAGAAAUAAGACAGACGUAGAAUAGCCUAAAUAAAGCAAUCAGAACUCCUUAACUGAGUUGAAAGUUGAGAAAGAUUAGAAUUGUUUUAAUUGUUAUUAGAAUGAAAGUUGCGCUGUUUAUAUGCCCUGUGGUCAUGGUGGUUUAUGCAUAAAGUGUGCGACUGAAUGGUUUGCAGAAAAAUAAGAAUGUUUAAUUUGUCGAAAAGUAAGAAUACAUAUCACAUUUAGCCAGUUGAAUAAGUAGUUAAAGUUAUUGAAUCGAAUUUAAAUAGAGUUUAAAUUGUAGAUGUAGUUGCAUAUUGA